CGUUUAGUAGAUGAUGGUUUCGGCUUCGGGCUAUAUUCAAGCCUUGGGGUGCUUUCGACGGGAUAUGGACGCGGACAAGAUGGCGAUGAUCGUAAAUGAGGAGAUCGUGCCUGGAAAGAUCAAAACCGAAACCGACCAUAAGAUGUUGCGGAAAGGGUUGUUGACAAUGAUCUUCCCCGCCCAUACACAACGGCCGCACGCCCGCCGACAGCUAAAAGCACGAGAGGCUUUCGACCUCGUCGAGUCUGAAUCUCUGGAAGAAGAAAAGGUGGAGGAAGAUGAAGGCCCCGAGACAAGCAGUCAACCAACUAUGCAACCGUCAAGUCUCCACGCGCUCGCCUCUGGAGCACUUCAACUGGCCUUUAGGAGAAAACCCAUUGCUAAGGAGGACGAGGGUGAAGACGAGAACGCAUUGUCAAGCCAGUCACAGCCGUCGUUUGGGAGUGGGGCUAGGCAACGUAUGCUCCCCAUCAGGGGUAAACCAGCACAGAACGAGUAG